AACCUGCUCCGUCACCAUCCCCUCUCUACAAAGUAGAUCUCGUCCUGCGCCUCUCUUUCAUCUCUCACCGUAAUCUGAUCCUUGACCGCGUAUAUCAUCAUGGGUGUCGAAACUCGAUCCGCAGCUCGCGUCAGCAACUAUACAAAGUUUUGGCACAAAAGUUCCAAAGAUGACAACGAGGCUCAUCGUUCUGGGAGGUUGGAAAAGUAUACCGACCUGGUCAAUGGUUACUACGACGGCGCUACAGAGUUGUACGAGUUUGGUUGGGGUGAAUCGUUUCACUUCUGUCGUUUUUAUAAGGGCGAGGCAUUUAUCCAAGCUCUCGCCCGUCAUGAACAUUACCUCGCUUCCCUCCUCAACCUACGUCCAGGAAUGAAAGUUCUUGACGUUGGGUGCGGCGUCGGUGGACCAGCAAGAGAGAUGGCUCGAUUCUCGGAUGCAACAAUCGUCGGUGUCAACAACAACCAAUAUCAGGUGGACCGCGCAAGGAGAAAAACAGCCCGAGCAGCAUUGUCAGACCGGGUCUCGUUUGUCAAGGGUGAUUUCAUGAAAUUGAGCGAGCAAUUUGGGGAGGCGAGCUUUGACGCGAUCUAUGCCAUCGAAGCUACUUGUCAUGCACCGACUUUUGAAGGCAUUUACGGAGAGAUUUACAAGUGUUUGAAGCCUGGUGGUCUGUUUGGUGUUUACGAAUGGUGUAUGACUGAUGCGUGGGACCCAUCUAUUCCAGAGCACAAAGAAAUCGCCCAUGGCAUAGAGAUUGGUGAUGGUAUCGCAGAGAUGCGUACCCUGGCCGCGGCCCGAAAAGCUUUGAAGGCAGUAGGCUUCGAGAUACUUCACGAGGAAGACCUAGCCGACCGUCCGGACCCCGUACCGUGGUACUAUCCCCUGGAAGGUGACAUCCUUAAAUCACAGACCCUCUGGGACAUCUUCACCGUGAUGAGGAUGACGACAGUCGGAAAAUUCUUCACCCAGAAUGCUGUUUGGGGCUUAGAGAAAGUGGGGCUCGUGCCCAAAGGGACGUAUGAUGUCGGGGAGAGUUUGAAGAUAGCGGCGAAAUAUUUGGUAGCUGGAGGACAGAAGAAGUUGUUUACUCCCAUGGCACUUUGGAUCGUGAGAAAGCCCGGCAAUUGAGCGGAAUGUCUGUUUUGGACCAGGACGAUCGCAAUGAGUCAAUUUCAAAUACCCCAGAGAGAGAGAUACCGGAAGCGGACAGAAUGCACCUUUUGACAGGCUUUG